GGAUUUAUUUUUUCGCGAUACGCAUUACUCCGUGUCUUCCUCUCAGCCGUAAGAAUCAUAUUAGCCUCUCCACCCUCUUGCUCCUAAACACCCUUUACGAUCUUGUGUUGCGUGCAGGCCACUUUUUCUUUUCUUCGACUUUUGAACCGCUUUCACACAGGUUUUCUCUGGCUUGAAUUCGUGGUCGCUCCAUAUUGUGCUUUCUUUGGAGGGUUGUCCCGAGUUCGUUUGCCGAGUAAAACCAAUUGGACUUCGGAGCAGAAGAAGUCGUAACAAAAGAAAGAAAACACGCAGCGUUCAUCGUGGGCCUCUACGCUUGCUGGUGAAAGAGUGCAAACGGCGCAUUCAACUCCACGCAUACACACACACGCACACACAGCGGAAGGCAUAACUUGCUGUUCUCAAGCUCUGUUACCUUCUUGUGUCGUUUAUUGUUAAUAUUAUUAACCCCCACAACAGCAAUGGCCGUGAGAGACCGUCUUUUGCUUCUGGCCGUGUGCCUCGUCGCGGCGCUGCUGAUCGUAUCGGCUGCUGCUGCGCCCGACGGCAGUGGCAAAGUCGAACCGCCGUGCAUCGGCGUUGACCUCGGCACGACCUACUCCGUCGCCGGCGUGUGGCAGAAGGGCGAGGUGCACAUCAUCACGAACGAGAUGGGCAACCGCAUCACCCCUUCCGUCGUGGCCUUCACCGAGACGGAGCGUCUGGUCGGCGACGGUGCGAAGAACCAGCUGCCGCAGAACCCCGAGAACACCAUCUACGCGAUUAAGCGCCUCAUUGGCCGCAAGUUCAGCGACGCGACGGUGCAGAACGACAAGAAGCUGCUGUCGUACAAAAUCGUCAGCGACAAGGCGGGCAAGCCGCUGGUGCAGGUGACGGUGAGUGGCGCCAAGAAGGAGUUCACCCCGGAGGAGGUGAGCGCGAUGGUGCUGCAGAAGAUGAAGGACAUCUCGGAGACCUUUCUCGGCGAGAAGGUGAAGAACGCCGUGGUCACCGUGCCGGCCUACUUCAACGACGCCCAGCGCCAGGCCACGAAGGACGCCGGCAAGAUCGCCGGGCUCAACGUGGUGCGCAUCAUCAACGAGCCGACCGCGGCCGCCAUCGCGUACGGCCUGAACAAGGCAGGUGAGAAGAAUAUUCUCGUCUUUGACCUCGGCGGUGGCACGUUCGAUGUGUCGCUCCUGACGAUCGAUGAGGGCUUCUUCGAGGUGGUGGCGACGAACGGCGACACCCACCUCGGCGGCGAGGACUUCGAUAACAACAUGAUGAAGUUCUUCGUCGACGGCCUCAAGCGCAAGCAGAGCAUCGACAUCUCGAACGACCAGAAGGCGCUGGCGCGUCUGCGCAAGGCGUGCGAGGCGGCCAAGCGUCAGCUCUCGUCGCAUCCCGAGGCGCGCGUGGAGGUGGACAGCCUCGUGGAAGGCCACGACUUCAGCGAGAAGAUCACCCGCGCCAAGUUCGAGGAACUGAACAUGGCCAUGUUCAAGAACACCCUGAUCCCGGUGCAGAAGGUGCUGGAGGACGCGAAGCUGAAGAAGAGCGACAUUGACGAGAUCGUCCUCGUGGGUGGCUCGACUCGCAUUCCGAAGGUGCAGCAGCUGAUCAAGGACUUCUUCGGCGGCAAGGAGCCGAACAAGGGCAUCAACCCGGAUGAGGCCGUCGCCUACGGUGCGGCGGUGCAGGCGGCGGUUCUGAUGGGCGAGAGCGAGGUGGGCGGUAAGGUUGUCCUGGUCGAUGUGAUUCCGCUCUCCCUCGGCAUCGAGACCGUCGGCGGAGUCAUGACGAAGCUGAUCGAGCGCAACACCCAGAUUCCGACCAAGAAGAGCCAGGUUUUCUCGACCUACCAAGACAACCAGCCCGGCGUGCUGAUCCAGGUCUUCGAGGGCGAGCGCCAGAUGACGAAGGACAACCGCCUGCUCGGCAAGUUCGAGCUCUCUGGCAUCCCGCCGGCGCCGCGUGGCGUGCCGCAGAUCGAGGUCUCCUUCGACGUCGACGAGAACAGCAUCCUGCAGGUGACGGCGAGCGACAAGUCGUCCGGCAAGCGGGAGGAAAUCACCAUUACGAACGACAAGGGUCGUUUGAGCGAGGCAGAGAUCGAGGCGAUGGUGGAGGAGGCCGCCCAGUUCGCCGAGGAGGACCGCAAGUUGCGCGAGCGUGUGGAGGCGAAAAACUCGCUGGAGAGCAUCGCCUACUCGCUGCGCAACCAGGUCAACGACAAGGAAAAGCUCGGCGACAAGCUGGACGCGGACGACAAGAAGGCGAUCGAGGCCGCCGUGCGCGUGGCGCUGGACUUCGUCGACGAGAACCCGAACGCGGACAAGGAGGAGUUCGAGGAGGCUCGCGAGCAGCUGCAGAAGGUGACGAACCCAAUUAUCCAGAAGGUGUACCAGGCCGCCGGUGGUGCCGCUGGCGAGGAGGAGCCGGAUGCGAUGGACGACUUGUAA